UCUAUUUGUAGUUCAGCGACAUGUCAUAUACAAUCACCAAAACUUGUUCAGCAUUGCAAUAAUGACGGACGAAAAUGCCUUUGACCACGAUCUCUCAUCAGUCAUGUCUAAUUUGGGUGACUCGAUUUCUCUCGAACCCCCCUCCGACCCUGAUCUAAUCAAUACCGCCUGCGAAAGCUGUCUUGCGCGAGUAAGAAAUUACAGACGCCGUCACCCUGCCGACGAUACCCCAGAAGUCCUCUCUGCUUUCGUUAGUCACUUGCCUCUCCACGGCAAGAAAGUCAUGCUCAAGCUCGUACACGAAAAUGCCACCGACACACAGUUACACCAAAUCGCUCUUCAUCUCACAACUGCUAUCCUCGUACCUAUGAAGGCGGGUGGGGGCAGAACUCCAAAUGCGUCAGUCUCGCCGUUUGAGAACGCCGUAGAAGAACGUGAUAGCUGGGCCGGCAUCAUGAUAUCCUCUCCAACUCGGAGCGACCAGAAGCGUCUUAAGGAGACCUGUCUCGUCAGAGACAAUCAUAGAUGUGUCCUAACUGGUCUCUGGGACAUUGCUUCGGUGGUGGAAAUUCCUCAGCUCAACAAAAAAGCCCCAACCUCACCAACCCAAUUAGUACACAUCAUUCCGUUCAGCCUGGGGAGUUAUUCGGGGGACACUAACAGAGAAAGGGAUAUUGCUCAGAAAUGGGCAACAUUGUAUGCCAUAUUCCCGGGACUGUAUCGGCUCGCCCAGCUGGAGCCUGAUGCCAUCAACACCCCCAAGAAUGCGAUGACGAUGAUUUCAGCACUCCACGAGCAUUUUGGCAAACUUGAGUUUUCCUUGGAAUCAACGGAAAUCGAAAAUACGUACCACAUUGAAUUAUACCCAAACUUCCAAUCGUCAGGACUAUUAGUCCACCUGCCACCACCUGACCAGAAAGGUAGAAGAUUAGUUCAUUUCGAGACGUCUUCAGGCAUAGAGUUGCCCCACCCCGCAAUUCUCCAGACCCACGCUGUAUUAGCGAAAAUUCUGCAUGCGUCUAGAAAAGGGGAACAUAUUGAAAAGGCCAUACGGGAUCAAGACCAGCUGCGUUGUAUGGCUGCCGAUGGGAGCACCGAUCCACUGCAAAUAUACAUUGCAUAUCAAUUGUCUGUGCGUUGAUUAGCUAGCCGAGAACAGCGAGAUUAGC